CACAGACUCAUGUGGUCUUGGUCUGGUUUAAACAGGGAACAGAGGAAAAGGGAAGGAGGGGUUACUAUCACGUAUACCGAUGAACUCUGCAGUGUUAAGAGUUUUGGUGAAAGAUGUGGAGCUAUUUUAAGCCUUUGUUGUUUUUUCUAAUGAUUCCCCUCACCUCUAGUGCAACAGCUACAGGUACAGUGAGAAGAGUCUCAGUGCCUGAGGAGCAUCGCCUGUACCUGGCCUGCAGUGGCACUGUUGACUUACAGUGGCGACACCAGGUCAACAGGAUCAUAGUCACCAAACAAGGCCAGUCGGUUGCUUACAUGAACCAACAGAAAUAUGACCUCCGGCCUGAUGGAUCUCUGGUUAUUAAAGAGCUGGAGACAUCCGACUCUGGGAACUACCACUGCAACGACCAGCUAGUGGCAGACGUGGAGGUACUGAAAGGCAAAAACUUUGAGGUUUCUGCUGGCCGAGCCCUAUUGCUUCCCUGUACAGUAUCUAGCAAAGCCAAGCAGAGGUGGUACUUCAGGAAAGAUAGUCAUGUGAAACGAGAACCCAUCUCGACUCUGUUAAAAAAUGGGACCAUAAAAAUGGAGAAAAAGGACCCCCAGAAAAGGUUUUCCUAUGAUGAAGAUGGUGCCCUGCAGAUCCUCAAUCUGCAGCCAGGGGACUCUGGAGAGUACCUGUGUAAUGGGGAAAAGGUAGCCAAAGUAACGGUGUUGACAGAUCAUCUCAACAUCCAGAGUACCACUGCUCUUAUGCAAACAGAUGUUGUUGGGAGAGAGAACAGAGAGACACGCCCUAUAAAUGUUGUGAUGAUAAUAGCUGUCAUUGGACUAUGCAUCGUGGUGCUUCUGGCUGGUCUGCUGUGCAAUUUGCUGAAAGGAAGACUGAGAAAAAGAAUAAAGAAAUGCAGUACAGUGACAGGACACAAGCAGGAAGGAACUGAACUCCAGACUAGGUGCUUGUCAAAUCUAGGGUCUGAAAUCACACAAAGUGAUGGGGAAGAAAGCCCUUCUCAUGUGGAAGACACUGAGGUUCAGUAUGCAUCUCUGGGUCGGCAGAACUGGAGGGAAAGAUCGAGGGUACAGGGAGACCAGCAUCAGGUCAUCUAUUCCACUGUGGUCUCUGCUAGACCAGCAUUCCAGGGUUUGGAGAGAAUAACACAUUGAUUUGACUGACUGACUCCUUUACAAAACAGUUCGUAUUUUACCUCUUUGUAUUACAGUACGAGUACAUUUUACAAAGGUUGCUCUUUAAUCCUAUAAUAAAUGUAUGUCAGUCUUUCAAGAUACGCAAGAUACUAUUCUUUUAUCCAACUAAUUCUAUAUCCUGUUGGCUUAAAACAAUUAUAUUGAGAUUUUUGGAUAAAAAAAACAAUUAUUACAUUAGCUUUUUCCACAUUUACAGAAACACUCAUACAUGCACAAAUCAAAAUACAAUCUUAUUUCCAUCAAGAACAGAUAUUCAGAGAACAAUGUCAGCAGAUGCACCAUGCGCCUGAAUGAACACAUUGGGCCACUGUUGUAUAGAUAACAUCUCCCUGGGCCAAUCUUGGCACUCCCUGAGCAAUGGGGCGGGCCUUACCAGUGUGCUUCAUACUGGCAUAGUGUACACUCACUUCCUUAUGAUAUAUAUAUAUCAGUGUUAGUGAUUAAAUAUUGACUUCAUGCCAUCCAAACCUCUCAGGCAUAGAUUUACAGUUAGGCAAGGUUUAGUCCUAACGAUUAUGACUAAGAUAAGUACUUUUACCAUGAGACUUGAAUUCCUGUUCACACAGGUGCUACACAAAUAUGUUGUUUUACCUGAAAGAGGAAACAAUUCAUAGAGGCAAUCUGCAGUUCAAACAAUAACAAGUGGUUUAUCCCGCCAUUGUUUGGGUAAAUAGCUGACCAAUGGGGCUGAAGAAAUAGAACCACUCUUAAAUUCAUAGACAGCACUAUUGAUGCAAGGACUGACCAUCCAUGAGAUCAAAAUGAUAGCUUUAAUCAUGUUGUAACGACCCUGGGUUUAUAAGCGCGGAUAUCGACUACAAUGUUUUGAGAAUAUAAAACAAGAUUAUAAAUUGGGGUUAUAAUUGGGGUUUUGAAAUCAAAAACAUUUAAUUAACUGCAGAUUUGCAAAAGAUAAAGGGACAUUACAAAAUAAAAGUUUAAGUAAACUAUUUACAAGUCUUAAGCGUUUACAUUCACUUCUGUUUUUGCUGCUAUCAUUCAACCACAACAAUAAUGGGGAUGAUCAAGAUUUGUUCACUACAUCUACAUUGAGUGCACAAAACAUUAUGAACACCUGCUCUUUCAUUUUAGUCAUUUAGCAGACACUCUUAUCUAGAGCGACUUACAGUAGUGAAUGCAUACAUUUUUUUCCGUACUGGUCCCCCGUGGGAAUCGAACCCACAACCCUGGCGUUGCAAACACCAUGCUCUACCAACUGAGCCACACGCCAUAGACCGACCAGGUGAAUCCAGGCGAAAGCUAUGAUCCCUUAUUGCGUUCACCUGUUAAAUCCACUUCAAUAAGUGUAUAUGAAGGGGAAGAGACAGGUUAAAGAAGGAUUUCUAAGCCUUGAGACAUGGAUUGUGUAUGUGUGCAGUUCAGAAUGUGAAUGGACAAGAACAUAUAUUUAACUGCAUUUGAACGUGUUAGAACUGCUACUCUGCUGGGGUUUUCACGACAACAGUUUCCCGUGUGUAUCAAGAAUGGUCCACCACCCAAAGGACAUUCAGCCAACUUGACACAACUGUGGGAAGCAUUGGAGUCAACAUGGGCCAGCAUCCCAGUGGAAUGCGACCGACACCUAGUAGAUUCCACGUCCCAACGAAUUGAGGCUGUUCUGAGGGCAAAAGGGGGUGCAAGUCAAUAUUAGGAAGAUGUUCCUAAUGUUUUGCACUGUCAGUGUACUUUUACCGUAUGCCAUCUUGUUUUUCCAGUCACUGCAACAGAAAGUGAAAGUAAAAAUUACAUUUCACAGCACAGUCUAUGUAUAAGUGAAAUUACAAGAGCAGACGCCUUCGUGUCUGAUCACACACAGGAAGGAGUUUUCUGCUCUCUGUGAAGUCUUCAUACCGUCAAUGUUUUCAAGAUUUCUAACUCUCACCAUGCCAAACGUAAAUCUCAUCUUGGAGGCUCUGUCUGCUGUCUCAGGUUGCAAAGUGGAAUCAACCACCGCGGGAACACUUUCACUAACCCCACAGGACUUUGUCAAUGUGGUCGCACUAAAGGAGUUCUACGUACAAGAGGGCCUUCUAGAGUUGGAGUACCCAAGUUUGGGGACAUUGUCUUUAAAAGGUGCCUUAGCUUUACCAGAUGCCCCAUCCGCCGCAUCCAUUCCACAAACCACUGUUUCUGUGAACGUGAAAGAGUUUCUUGAUUCUCGGUAUGACUACGACUUUACAAAUGUUAAGGAUGGUGAAGCAGUGUUUACUCGGGGAAAGGAGCAGUACGUCCGACCCUGUGGCUGGAACCGCAUUGCCCUGAAGGUGUUGAACAAAUACAGGGAUGGAGAUGGAUGGUUGGGGACCGGAGACGAGGCCUGGCCAGGGUCCUACCACGGACCUGCUAUGGACGGAUCCCAGGGCAUCAUCAGGAAAGAUGGAGAUGGUGCUACUGUCGGAAGAGGAGUGUACUCAACACCGGACAUUAACGUAGCUGAGAAGUUCUCCAAGAGAUUCACGUCCAAAGUAGAUAACAAAACCUACAAGGUGGUGCUACAGAAUAGGAUCAACCCCAGAAAAGGCAACAGUGUCGGAGAGAGAGUUACUGGCUGGUUUAUGUGCCUGAGGGAUCAUCUCCUGUUCAAGAGAGAGCUAUUGUGGAAAACUCCAUCCGUCCUUAUGGUCUGCUGCUUAAGGAAGUGUUGUAAUCCAGGCAGACAAUGUUUGAUAGAUAAGUAAAUAGGUUUGCCUUAAUCAUACACAAUAUGAUCAGAAAAUGAACAGAUGUAACAUCAGAUCAAUACAAUUCUAAAUCAACUAAGUAACAAGGUUCAUUUGUUAUAGUCAUAGGAUUAACAUAAGAUUGCUUGAGAUGUUUGCGGUGUAAAUGUAGCCUUUACCUGAUAGGCUACUAUUAUGGAUGUGUUCAAAUCUUAAAAUAAGAGUGCGUUGUUUAGUUACAUUAUACUAUAUUUCCAGUGACCCCGCCUUAUCUAACCACAUAUUUUCAAACAGUUGUUUUGGGAAAAGAGUGCUUUAUAAGUACAUAUAACUCCAAAAUGUUAGUUUGGUCGACGCUGAAAAACACUUCACUAUUGAAAAGCUGUAGUCACAGCAUCAAUACAGCAACAAUAUACUUCACUGCCACCUAGUGGUACUCUUCUGGUAUUUAAUUUCCAAUUAUUGACUUACAAUUUGGGAUUUUUUUUUAUUUAAUCAGUUUUAGAAUAAGGAUGUAACCUAACAAAGUGUAAAAAAAAAUUCGAGGGGUCUGAAUACUUUCCAUAAGGCACUGUAUAUGAACAGUUAGCCUGCUAGUUUGUUGGUGUCUUUAUCAGUAAUCUACAUGAAGAUAUGCUUAGUGAUUUGAAAAUGCAUUAAUGAAUGGUUUAUUCAUAUUACACUACUGUUUGUUAGUUGUAUAUAUAUAAUUAAAUGUAUAAAACAA